AUGAAGAAACCCCAACUCGAGCAGCUCCAUAUCGAUCGCAUACGCUUGUCCAGCACCCAAGCGGAUGGAGACUCACACAGCUCAUUGCGACAACCUGAUGCGGAUGACCAGCUGCCUACUUCCGUAAGCAAAUCCGGCCUCCACGUCUGUGACCCGCAGCAGCAGCAGCAGCAGCAGCAGCAGCAACAACAGAAGAUCGAAGAGAAGAACAUAGGGCUUGAACAGUCGCUUCCUGUUUCGGGCACCUCCAAACACCAUGGCAGCCGCUUGCUUGGAUACCUGCCCUGGGGCACCCGGGCCGGUGAUCCGGCCGUUUCCCGCAGCGACAGCAGCAGCAGUUCCAACAACAACGACAGUAGAAACCGUCACUCGGCAGACACACUCACACCACCGGUGUCCUCGGCGUCAAAGUCGGCGGCGGCUGAUACCGUGGAAAAAGCAUGGCCGGGGCCUGUCUUAGAGGGGCCGGGUACACCGUCGCCUCUACCGGAAGCAUCGGCCCCGUCGGGACUGAUAGAAAAAGAUGCUGUUGGUGAAGCACACCAUGCAUCGACUUUGAACACCACCGAUUAUCAGGGAACUCAGGAUGUCAACCAAAACGUUGAUCAGAACGGCGUCGCAGAUGGUGGUAGCAGUGAGGAUAGUCAACAAGACCCCGAGAGAGGCAUGGCUGGCAGAGUUGCCACUCUGGCUCGUAGUUUUCUCGCCACCGCUAGGAAGAUCCUCCUCUAUAGUUGGCUCAACCUUCUCCUCGUCUUCGUGCCUGUCGGCAUCGCCGCUCACUUUGCCCACCUGUCAGUGGGUGCCGUCUUUGCCUUGAAUGCCAUCGCUAUUGUUCCACUGGCUGGUCUUCUAGCUUUCGCUACCGAGUCAGUAGCCCACCGCAUGGGCGACUCUAUUGGCGCGUUGUUGAACAUCACCUUUGGAAAUGCCGUGGAGCUGAUUAUUUUAAUUGCUCUCGUCAAGAUAUAUAACAGCACUAUCACGCAGAUGAGUGCCUGUCUGCUCAGUCUCAGCGUCAUAAGCCUCGUUCUUCCUACUGCCUUUCAUGCAUCUUUUAGCGAUUCGGUGAAAGCUGAUGAGGAAUCGCUGAAAAUCAGCCGUGGAACUAGUGUUAUCUUGCUCCUCGUGUAUGGCAUAUAUCUUCUGUUUCAGCUCAAGUCUCAUGCGUACAUGUACGAGUCCACGCCGCAGUACAUCAUCGAUGAAGAGUCGACUCCUGGCCCGGUCGCUGCAUGGCUUGAUUCGUCGAGUUCGGAUGACAGCUCCUCAUCGUCAUCCGACUCGGACGGUUCGGGACACUCCCGCAGCACGAUGAAGAAGCGGGUGCGCCGUGUCAUCCGUGGUGGGCGCCGACGUAAGUCGAGCGUCGUCUCGCUGGAUACAACCGAAGGCAUAUUUGGUGGGCCGACGCGUACACCGUCGUUUGGUACCGCCAUGGUUGGAAAUGACGGGCUACCGAUGCACCAAACGUCGGUGCUGCACCUUGCAACCAUGGACAUCAACGAAGACUUUAUCGACGAGGACGAUACAGCCCACAGCCGACAUAAGAAGCGCAACCACCGACACUCUCUCCGGCGCCACCGUCACAAGUCCAAGAAAUUGAGUCGGACGGGAUCCAACGAACAUGAUUUCGUCGACGAGCACAGAAUCCCAGAGGCUGUCACUGUUGCACAGAAGCAGGGGAACUGGAAACAUGAAGCUCGUCGCGGAGAUAAUAUCUCUACUCGCAGCGAAAGAAAUGGCGAGGGUGGCAGUACCCCGGCGCGAGGAGAAACACGCCACGUCGACUUUGCUUUUUCUGGCCCGGAGCAAAAUGUCGGCACAGAAGAAGACGGGUGUGGCAACACGGCGACUGCAGCAGAACUUUCCGCCCGGCCGGCUUUCAAUCUGCGGGCAAUGUCGUUGCGACCAGUGGCGAAGAGCCUGACUCCAACGGUAUUCAAACAGGCAGCUGACGGCUCGGCAGCUCUGGCGGUGCCAAGCGGCCCCAUACCGCGGGUUCGUUAUGGGAUUCGGCGUACAAACUCGCUUCCAGACCGGCUGAACCACAUGCAGUUUCGUUCUCCUGGUGCCAUGCUGCCGUCACAGAUUUCAGCCUCGCGUAUCGCAGCUCUGUCUGAAAACAAGGACAGAGCGAACCAUGACGAGGAAGGGUUAAUGCUGUCUCGACGGGCCGCCGUGGUGUUGCUACUGAUCGUGACUGCUCUGGUGGCCGUGUGCGCUGAGUUUAUGGUGGAUUCGAUUAACGGACUGGUGGAGACCAGCUCGAUUGGCGAGGUGUUCAUCGGCCUGAUUAUCCUGCCUAUUGUGAGCAAUGCAGCCGAGCAUGUGACGGCUGUCACGUGUGCACUUCACAACAAGGUUGAUCUAGCCAUUGGGGUUGCUGUGGGCAGUUCUAUCCAGAUUGCGCUCUUCACGACGCCCUUGGUGGUGAUUAUAGGCUGGAUCAUGGAGCGUAAGAUGACGCUCUAUUUCACGUUGUUUGAGACGGUGUGCCUGUUUGUGUCGGCCUUUAUCGUCAACUUCCUCGUGCUGGAUGGACGCAGCAACUACCUCGAGGGCGCAUUGCUGUGUGCCACGUAUGUGAUUAUCAGUCUGGUAGCCUUUUACUACCCGAACGCGGAGGAGGCCAAGAUUCUUGCCUGCCUCAUCGACGGCAUGCUGAAGCACCUCAGCCUGCGCAGCUCGCGUGCUGCUGCCGCAUCACGGGCCACCGAAGUGCACAGCCUGUCCGCACGACAGCUGCCGCGGGUACAGGCGUGUUUCUUCGCAUCCAAGCCGCCUCAGCAGCCACCAUCUGGCAACGGCGGAGAUCAUGACGGCCGCAGUUUUCGCGGACAGAUGGUAGAGAGCAUCACAACUCGUAUGGCUCGGGAGAAGGCACAGCGCGAGAGAAUCGCACAGGAGCGGCAAGAGUCGGCGACGACGCGCAAUGCGGCGACGACAUUCAUGAUCUUGUUUGUGGGCGCAGCUUGCUAUUUCCUCGGCUACAAGGCGCCGCGGGACCCCGACCCCGAAUCGACGAUGUCGCUGGAGAAGACACGGCCACCGCGGCACAACACGAACCGGUCGGAGCUGGAGGCUGCGUGGGCAGAUUUUGUGGCGAUUCUGGGCGAAGAGAACGUGAGCACAGUACAGUCAGACAUUGACUCGCACACUUCAUCGGACUGGUCGUCGUACCGGCAAGAGAAGACGGUUGAGAGUGAAAAGGCGGCGGCGGCUCGACGGCUGUUCUGUGUGGUGUAUCCGAGAACCACAGAGGACGUGUCGCGCAUCAUGAAGGUGUGUCACACGCGGCGGAUCCCGGUGACCGGGUACAGUGGCGGGACGUCGCUGGAGGGCAACUUUGCGCCGACACGUGGUGGGGUGACGGUGGACUUCUCGCGGCACAUGGACCAGGUGGUAGCGCUGCACAAGUCCGACCUGGACGCGGUGGUGCAGCCGGGCGUGGGAUGGGAGUCGUUGAACGAGCAGCUGGCGGAUGAGGGGCUGUUUUUCCCACCGGAUCCGGGCCCGGGGGCACAGAUUGGCGGGAUGAUCGGCACAGGCUGCAGCGGGACAAAUGCGUACCGCUAUGGCACGAUGCGCGACUGGGUGUUGUCGCUGACGGUGGUGCUGGCGGAUGGUACGGUGGUGCGCACGCGGCAGCGGCCACGGAAGAGCUCGGCGGGCUAUGACCUGACCCGGCUGCUGAUCGGGUCCGAGGGCACGCUGGGCCUGGUGACGGAAGCGACGCUGCGGUUGGCGGUGCGGCCGACGGCAACGUCGGUGGCAGUGGCGGCGUUUGGGACGAUCCGCGAGGCGGCCAACUGUGCGGCGCGCGUGGUGGGUGAGGGUGUGCCGGUGGCCGCGAUCGAGGUGCUGGAUGGCCCUCAGAUGCGGUGCAUCAACGCGGUCGGGGCGACGAGCCGUGCGUGGGCCGAAGUGCCGACGCUGCUGUUCAAGUUUGCUGGCAGCUCGUCGCGGGCGUUGCGCGAGCAGAUCGACGUGGUCAAGGCAGCGGCGACGGCGGCGGGCGCGCGCACGUUUGACUUUGCCCGGUCCGAAGCUGAACAGGCGGAGCUGUGGAGUGCUCGCAAGGAGGCGCUCUGGAGCACGUUGGCGGCAUGCAAGCCCGGUCAGCGGCUGUGGACGGGCGACGUGGCCGUGCCUAUCAGCCGACUGCCGGACGCCAUCGAGGAGGUGCAGGCGGACUUGCAGCGGCUUGGGCUCGUCGGCACCAUCGUCGGCCAUGUGGGCGAUGGCAACUUCCAUGCCAUUGUGCAGUAUGGGCCGGAGGAGCGCGAGGCGGCCGAGGAGUUUGUGCAUACCAUGGUGAAGCGUGCGAUUGAGCUGGAGGGCACCAUCAAGGCAGCCUUUGACCCGCUGUGCCUGCUCAACUGCGACAAGGUGAUCCGCAUGCAGAAGCCGAAGCCAGGCGAGAUUGGCCCAUGGUAG